GUUCUAAAACGCUUGAAGCAUGGGUUCUAAAUUUUAGAACGACGCAAUUAAGCGUCGCCAGAUUAUAAUCUAAAUAAUCUAAGCGACGCUUUCGUUAGUUCAGUGUUAGUUACCAGGACCGGCGGGAAAGUAAAUAACAACAUGGCGGCUCGUCGAAGUGCUAUGUUAUCCACAUCACAGCGUCCAAAGCGCUUUAAAGCGGCGAAAAUCAGUGUUUUGAGUGUUUCAACGUCGGGAAAAAAAUCAAGAAAAAGCUUUUCUUUAAAAGUUCGGAAAAAUACAAUUAGUGACAGAAGUGUUGAUAGACAAUAUGGCCAAGGAGAGUUAGAUUCAGCGGUGGAUAAUAUAAAUCAAGGCACAUUUGAACAGGAAAUAUUUGACGAGUCAGAUCAGGAGGGCCCUGUAACGUCUCAACACAAUAAACGGAGAUUUAAAGAGUUCAGUAGCUGGGGAAAUAUUCGGGAAGAACUGUUAAACGGCCGAAUUGAGACAGAGGCCGAGGGGUUCUUUAAUAGCAGCCAGAAAUGUUGUGAAUGUGGGCAAAAUCAGGUUGAUGUUCGUUGUAACGAAUGUGGCAUUGAGCAGUAUUUCUGCCUAUUAUGUGCUGAAAAUAUUCACGGGCGACGAAAUUAUUUCCAUGUUUUGGAAAAGCUUCAGGAUGAAAACAUUGUGCCAUUCUUUGUCAAUCAUGUUGUCAUUGGAAGAGAGCAUCAACAAAACUGUCCAUCAGCCCAACCUAGAAAUGUUGUUUGCAUUGAUCAGUUUGGUCGCCAACAUCAUAAACAGAUACUGUUUUGUGAUUGUGAGAAGGAUGCUGUAACAUUGAUGAAAAUGAAGUUAUGGCCAGGAAGUGCAACAAGACCAACUCUUGCUUUCCAUGUUCAAUUAAUGGAGCUGGCUCGAACUCUUCUAUUGGAGUGUCAUGUUUCCCUGAAAAAGUUUUGUGAUGCGCUAGGAAUUUUUUCCAAAAAAUCAACUCUUCCAAAAUGGGUUAACAAUAUCUACUCCACACUAAAUACUGAUUCAUUUGAUGAAUAUCGCUAUCAUCAGUAUUUGCUUGGAGCUGGCUUUCCCAUUAGAGAACAAACCAUCACAAAGCACUCAUGUCCUCUUUGUCCUAAGGAAGGGGAAUCUGGUAUUCUUAUAGAAUCUAUGGAUGCUUGUUUUGGUUUGGUGCGAAAAAAGUCUGCUGCCAAAUGUAUUCUUCCCCCACGGCAUCAACUGACUAUGUUCGCAAAUCAAACUGAUGUUGAUGAAUUUGUUGAAAAUUAUACAUCCAAUGCCAAAAAAGCUGAUACAAGCUGCAAUGAGUUUAAGGCUGGGGAAGUUAACAGUAUGCUUCGGUCCAAAGGAAAAAAUAGAUUAUAUGAUGAGAAAGGUGUUUUUGGUCGUGUAUGCAGACAUGAUUAUCCAAAAGGCUUUAUAAAUAUCAAACAUGGUGAAAGAAUUGCAUACUCUGUACAUGAGCUAGAGCGAGUAAUCAGGACUUCAGAUGAAAAUUGCAAGAUUAGAAUGACAUAUGAUAUUGCUUGCACAUUGGUAGCACAUUUAAAGAAAAAUUCAAGACAAGAUAUUUUGGACCGCAUUGGGUUUGCAAUACCUAUUUUUCAUUGCUAUGGCCAUAAGUCAUCAUGCCAGGUGAUUUAUUUGUUCUUUAACCACUAGUCUCUACUAAUGUAGAUGGUAAAUAGCAAGGCUUUGAUUAAAUCAACAGCUUUAUUACUUCAAAGGUUAUAAAGAAGACUGCCACU